UCAGGUGUGUGUGUGUCUCAGGUGUGUAUCUCAGGUGUGUGUCUCGGGUGUGUGUUUCAGGUGUGUGUGUGUCUCAGGUGUGUGUGUGUCAGGUGUGUGUCUCAAGUGUGUGUGUGUGUGUGUCAGGUGUGUGUCUCAAGUGUGUGUGUGUGUGUCAGGUGUGUGUGUGUCUCAGGUGUGUAUCUCAGGUGUGUGUCUCAGGUGUGUGUGUCAGGGGUGUGUGUGUCUCGGGUGUGUAUCUCAGAUGUGUGUCUCAGGUUUGUGUGUCAAGUGUGUGUGUAUCUCAGGUGUGUCUCAGGUAUGUGUAUCUCAGGUGUGUGUCUCAGGUGUGUGUUUCUGUCCCCAGGGGGUAAGUAUGUCCCCAGAUCUCUGCUCAUUGAUCUGGAGCCUGGCACGAUGGACAGUGUGAGGGGCAGCAGGAUCGGAAAGCUCUUCAGGCCCGACAACUUCAUCCACGGAAACUCUGGGGCAGGAAACAACUGGGCUAAGGGUCACUACACGGAGGGUGCAGAGCUGGUGGAGCAGGUGAUGGACCGUGUCCGUAGCGAGAGCGAGGGCUGCGACUGUCUGCAGGGGUUCCAGUUCGUCCACUCCCUGGGCGGUGGCACCGGCUCAGGCAUGGGCACCCUCCUCAUCAACAAGAUCAGAGAGGAGUACCCUGACCGCAUCAUGAACACAUUCAGUGUCAUGCCCUCCCCCAAGGUGUCAGACACGGUGGUGGAGCCCUACAACGCCACCCUCUCCGUGCACCAGCUCAUUGAGAGCACGGACGAAACCUUCUGCAUCGACAACGAGGCGCUCUACGACAUCUGCUUCCGCACGCUCAAGCUGACCACGCCCACCUACGGCGACCUCAACCACCUGGUGUCCCUGACCAUGAGUGGGGUCACUACCUCCCUCCGCUUCCCCGGCCAGCUCAACGCCGACCUCCGCAAGCUGGCCGUCAACAUGGUGCCCUUCCCCCGCCUGCACUUCUUCAUGCCGGGCUUCGCGCCGCUCACCGCCAGGGGGAGCCAGCAGUACCACGCCCUCAGCGUGCCCGAGCUCACCCAGCAGAUGUUCGACCCCCGCAACAUGAUGACGGCCUGCGACCCCAGGAGGGGGCGCUACCUCACCGUGGCGGGGAUGUUCCGCGGCGCCAUGUCCACCAAAGAGGUAGACGAGCAGAUGCUGGCCGUGCAGCAGAAGAACAGCAGGUACUUCGUGGACUGGAUCCCACACAACGUCAAGGUGGCCGUGUGCGACAUCCCUCCCCGGGGCCUCAAGAUGGCCGCCACCUUCAUCGGCAACAACACGGCCAUUCAGGAGAUUUUCCGCCGCAUCGGGGAGCAGUUCACCCUCAUGUUCCGCCGCAAGGCCUUCCUCCACUGGUACACGGGCGAGGGCAUGGACGAGAUGGAGUUCACGGAGGCUGAGAAUAACCUCAACGACCUUGUGGCGGAAUACCAGCAGUACCAGGACGCAACAGCCGACUUGGAGCAGGAGGAGGAGGAGCAGGAGGAGGAGGAGGAGGAGGAGGAGGAGGAGAGACCGUCAUCUAGUAUUGUGACAGAUCAAACAAGAAUGGAAACUAAGACUGAGAUGGUGACAGAGACGAGCACUGAGACUGUGACGGAGACCAGUGCUGAGACUGUGACGGAGUGAGGUGUGUUUGUGACAGAGUGAGGGUGUUUGUGACAGAGUGAGGUGUGUUUGAGACAGGUGGAGGUGAUGCCUUCACUGAGCCACAAGACGGUGUCAGGAAACCUCAACUAUUUUCUCUCAAAAGACUUGAAUUUUAGCUUUUUUCCUUAGUCUUUUACUCAUAUAAUUGUACAGUAUAGAUACAUAUUGCCUUAUAUCGCUUACUGAGUGUGCUAAUAAUAAUCAUUCACAUGCUUUAAAAAAAAAAUGCUGGCUGUACUGCGAUUUUGUUUAAUUUUUCAGUUGUGAUAUGAAAAUAAAAUGUGUACAGAAUUUUUAUUUACAGUUUUCUUCCUAUAUUACAAUUAUAUUGUUUGACAUUGUAUGAUUCAUUUAGAACUUAAUAAUGUGUCAUUGUACUGUUGUAAACAACAUGGAUGUCUUAAAUUGGUUUAAAUGAAGAUUAACAGUAUGUGUUUUCAUAAAGUAAUCUUCACAAUUCAGUAGGAUUACAUUUCAUUUACAUAAACAAGGAGCUUGGAGGAACAAGGAGAUUUUGGUCACUGUGUUUGUAAGAACAUUUUUACUGAGAAUUUAAUAAAAAGUCGAAAACCAGA